GCGUGCUGCCCGCGGGGACCUCCCACUCCCUUCGGUCCUGCUGCUGCCGGACGCGGAACGGGGCUCCCUGGGGAUUCCGUCGGACGCCGCUAUUUGCACGCCGAGGGCCAGGGGCUCCCCACGCUCUCUGAGGCUUUUGUGCGGUCAAGCCGGUGGCGCUUUGGUGUGGAAGAUGGCACACGGCACAGGGGCCUUUUUCUCCACCUGCAGACUAGCGGGUGAGCACGUAUGACACACAUUUGAGGUUUGUGUCUGCUACCCCAAAGUCAAGAAAUUACCUCCUUGGAAGGCAACAAUACUAUGCAUGUUAUGAAUUGUGUCUCCUUGGUCAGUGAUAAAGAAAAUGGGACUACCGCCACAGCAGCUGGAUUCAUGAUUGAGCAGACGCCACCACCCCCUCCUCCUCCUCCACCACCCCCUCCACCUCCACCAUGCCCAUCACAUUCAGCGGAAGGGUUUUCUCCCUCUCCGCCUCCCCCUCCCCCACAUCCACUCCCCGAGGGGCCUCUGGGCCCUCCUCCUCCUCCAGGACUGCCCCCAACUUCUCAUGUGAAUGGCUACAGCCACAUCGGUAAGAAAAAGCGGAUGAGAAGCUUUUUUUGGAAAACCAUUCCAGAGGAGCAAGUACGUGGCAAAACCAACAUCUGGACCUUGGCAACCAAGCAGCAGCAUCAGUACCAGAUCGAUGCGAAGACUGUGGAGGAGCUCUUUGGGCAGCAGGAAGAUGCCACCAAGCCUUCCGUUUUCCGGAGAGGAGGACCUGUGAAUUCGUCCUUCCGGGAAGCAAGAGAGGAGAUUACUGUCUUGGAUGCAAAGCGGAGCAUGAACAUUGGGAUAUUUCUUAAACAAUUUAAGAAGUCUCCUCAGUCCAUUGUAGAAGAUAUCCAUCAAGGAAAGAGUGAGCAUUAUGGAUCAGAGACAUUGCGAGAAUUUCUUAAACUUUUGCCAGAGUCAGAGGAGAUACAGAAAUUAAAAACAUUUAGUGGCGAUGUGUCCAAGCUCUCGCUGGCGGACUCCUUUCUGCACUGCUUAAUUCAGGUGCCAAACUAUUCACUUCGGAUUGAAGCCAUGGUGCUAAAAAAAGAGUUUUUACCCUCUUGUUCUUCUCUGUACAAGGAUAUAACAGUUCUAAGAACUGCUAUAAAAGAGCUCAUGUCUUGUGAGGAGCUACAUUCGAUAUUACACUUGGUGCUACAGGCGGGAAAUAUCAUGAAUGCAGGAGGAUAUGCUGGCAACGCAGUAGGAUUUAAACUGUCCUCUCUGCUCAAAUUGGCAGACACGAAAGCCAACAAACCUGGGAUGAACCUUCUGCACUUUGUUGCCCAGGAAGCCCAAAAGAAUGAUGAUGGUCUUCUCCACUUUUCUGAAAAGUUACAUCAUGUUCAGGAGGCUGCUAGAUUAUCUCUGGAGAACACGGAGGCAGAACUGCACUCGCUCUUCGUCAGGACAAGAUCUCUGAAGGAGAACAUCCGGCGGGAUGAUGAGCUCUGUCAGCAGAUGCAAGACUUCCUUCAGUUUGCUCUGGAAAAGCUGACCGAACUGGAACGCUGCAAACAAGAGCUCCAGGAGGAGGCCCACACCCUUAUAGAUUUUUACUGCGAAGACAAAGAAACCAUGAAACUGGAUGAAUGCCUUCAGAUAUUUCGAGACUUUUGCAUCAAAUUCAGCAAAGCGGUCAAGGACAACCACAACCGGCAGGUGCAGGAGCUGAGGCAGCUGCAGCGGAAGGAGCAGGAGCGGAAGCGGCGUUCCUGGGCGGCUGGGGAGCUCAUGGGAUUCGGCCGGAGCAGCAGUGAGAAUGACGUGGAGAUGCUGAUCAAGAAGGGCGCGGAGGACCUGCCCUCCUUCCUGCACCGCAGGCCUGUCAGCCCCUCCUACCGGCCCCCCAACACCCGCCGCUCCCGCCUCUCCCUGGGCACCACCGCCGACCGGGAGCUGCUGACCUUCCUGGAGAGCUCCGUGGGCAGCCCAGAGGACCCCAACAAGUUCAAUAGCUUGCCCUGGAACAGCCCCCGGCAGGCCCGGCCCACGGUGGCCUGGAUGGAGUCUAGGGAGCCAAGGGACCAGGACUCCAAAGGCACACACAGGCCUCAGGCCUCAGAGGGCGAGGCGGGAGCCCCCGACCCACCCUCAGCCUUGUGUGGCCAGCUCCUUGUCCCCCAAAUCGAGGAGCCUGCUCCGGUUUUGCUUCGACCUCGGCGUGGCAGACUCAGCGUGCCCCAAAAAAGGAACAGCGAGCCUGUGGGCCUGACAUCUCUCUGGUCCCCUCCACUCUCGCCCCUGACUCUGGAAAUUAAGGAGCAUGAGCUGGUGACUGGGCUGGCCCAGUUCGAGGUCCAGGUUCCCAAGGACCCAGAGGAGGCACCCCAGCAGAACCUGUCCGACUUCAGCCCAGCGGAACUGGUACCUUCAGAGGAUGGGGCCCUGCAGCCCCUCAGCACCGGCACUGGUGACGGCAGCCUGACGUCUGAGGGUGCGGGGGCCCAGGGUGGUCUCGGUCCAGCCCUGGACGGUGAUAGGCCUGCCCCUGACGAGCCCAGCUUCGACCCUGAGAACAAAGACCCUGGGCCUCUGUCCUGCAUCUCUGAUGUCACCGAUUGCUCGCUCACCUUGGACUGCUCGGAGGAAACCAACUCCAGGCCAGGCGGUGGGGAGGCAGGGGAGAGGGGCGAGGAGGAUGGCUCUGUGUCCUCUGGGGUAGGGGAGACGAGUGGUAGCCAAGUGUCCUCUAACCCUGUCUCUAGUCCCCCUGACGAGACCCCUGCUCCCGCCUCUGCGAAGAGUGGGCCUGGCGUCAAGGGUGGUCUUUCCAGGGACAGACCCUCUAAAGGGAAGGAUGGGGUGGCACCAAAGAGAAACUCCCUCAAAGAGGUGUCCCAGGGAGCCCCCAAGCCAGGGGCCGCCCCACGAGGCCAGGGGGCGGUGCCCAAGCCCGUGCGGACCCUGACAUCCUCGGAGAGUGAGAGCAUGCGCAAGGUCGUGCACAUCUCCAAGGCCAGCAGGGGCUCUGCGGGCUGGAAGCAGCCCCCUCGGGAGCCGCCCAGCAGCAGCGGCACAGACGCGCCGUGGUCCCGCCGGAACUCUGUAAAGGGCACAUCGGACACCUCGCCCAGGAGGUCCUCGAAGGGGCCUGGGGAGGUGACCGAGGAGCAGAAGCCACAGGAGCAGAAGCCACUGCGAGCGAGGCUCGGUUCCGGCAGCUCCCGGCCCGGGAAGGAGCCCACCCUGCAGCCCAGGGGCUCCCUGAAGAAGCCCAGCGCCAAGCCCCUCCGGAACGUCCCCCGACAGAAAUCCGAGGAGAAUAAGAUCUGCCUCCCCAGCUCCCCAGGCCCCGAGAGCCCAGAGGAAGAGCCCAAGCCCCCUCCACCCACCCCCCGCAGCACCCCCCACGUGCCGAGCUUUGCCCGAAACACAGUGGCCUCCUCGUCUCGGUGCAUAAAAACAGAUUCUUUUCCUGUGAACAAGGCCCCCGGCCUCACUCGGGCAGUCUCCCACCGGCAGCUGAGGGUGAAGAGCAGCUCCGACGACGCGGGCCCCAAGGAGGGUGGCACCUUGCGGCGGGCCAGCAGCACCCGGGCCUCCAGAAAGUGCCCGGAGUCUCCUGAGGGUCCCAGUGCCAACACGGAGCUCUCUCUGAAGGGCAGAGGCACCGGGGAGAGGGCCUCCUUCAGACAGAAGGACUCCAGUCGGACCACACUGGGGAAGAUCCUCAAUCCCUUGGGGAAGUGACGAGUGCCUGCGCCCUCUCCUCCUGGGCUUCUCAUGGGGACCGACUGCUGUGAAGGGCCAGCACCCCAUGUCUCUUCCACAGCACGUGAGUCACUGGUGCCACCUGCAAACGUUCACGUCGUUGACCGCACCACCUGCCCUGUGGACUGCUGCCCCCUGUCAAGUCCCCGGUCGCCCCUGUCUCCACAACGCCUUGUGCACACACGCGGGAGGGCUGUGCACGCACAUCCUCUCCGACAAAGGCCCGGUGAAAGACUGGGGCGUGUAAGGUGGCUUCUCACAUAAUGAGCAAAAAAGGAAUUUUGGCCAGUUUUUAUAGAUCAAAGGCUUAUUUUUUAAUAUAAAAAUUCAGUGUUUUAGUUGGUUCCUUUUGCAGAGUGAAUGCCUCCUGGGGGGGGGGGGGGGAGAAGGCGGAAGAGAGACCGCUUUGUAUGAAGAUGUUUUUAUCUUCCUGCGGUCCCCGGCCUCAGGGUUCCACCUGCCCACCCACCGUCCAUUGCUGGCAACUGGACUUCUUCCCAAGCCCUGGGUGUUCUGGGGUUGGCUGUGUCCUGGAAGACUCUCUGCCUUGUGCACCUGUACCUGCGUGACUUUGGGUGAGGGUUUGAGUGUGAGCAGGAGGGAAAGUGCGACCUGUGGGUGGAGAUUGGUGCUCCUGCGAGUUCAGGGGGCCCUGGGGACAGUGGGAUGUGCACUCAGGGACGUGCCUCCCUGCAGGCGGGUGGCAGUCCCUGUGGAGUGUUGGGUCUUUCAGAAUUUAGAAGACAUCGGGGGCCGUUCAGCUGAUCACACCUUUCCCAUUCCUUGUUUUCCUGUUCGUGUGUUGUCUGUCGUACACCUGAUGAAAGCUGCUAUGACUUGUGUUCGCUGCAGGUACAGGUGAGGAUGAACCUGCCUGCCCCCCGGUCCUCUCCAUCUGCUCCCAGCCGUUCCGUCUUUUCUGACGUGACCUGGAUUCUGGAGUCUCUGUCUGGACAGGGAGGGAUACUUUUCAAUGUUGAUGUCUGUUCUUUGGGACAGUGGUUUUGAAAUCUGGAGAAAAACCAAAUCAAGUUUUUUAAAAACAGACUAAAAAAAUGAGAUUACUUUUGGAAGAAUUUCUAUCAUCAGGAAAAAUGAGGCUUUGGGGAAAAGGCCUCGUUCAAAAGAAAGGGGGGAAACGUGUAGUUUUUCUACUCAGGCCCCACUUCACAACUUCUCUCUGAGACCAGCAGGGAAACCAGGGGGGAGAGCGGGGGGACUGAAGCUUUUCUGGUUUCUACUUUUGGUCACUUGUUAGUGUAAACUGCAUUUCAGAUCCAACGGUGGUACAUGGGUUUAGGCAAAUAAGAUGUAUUCCACUCUCUUUCCUGUACGAUGUUACCUUCCAACCAAAUGAAUUGGAAACUCGCCUUGAAUGAAUCAGCUAAAUUGAAAGGGUAAACUUGAUGGUUGAAGACUAAGGCACCUGACCACCCAACCUCUUGUAAAAAUAGCCCCGAGUGGGUGUUUCCAGGGCUCCGCAGAGUGGGGUAGUGGGAACCCUGAGCUGUGUUUCACCACACAGACAACAGCAUUCAAAACAGGCCCCAUGGGGGGGACGGGAGAUGGGUGAAAGGAAAAGUUCGAAGGUCUGUGGGUAAUGACAGAGUCAGGACUCCUAGGUGAGACUCAAAGGACCAGGGUUCAAGUCCCUGUUCCACGGCUGAUACUCUGUAACUUGGGCAGGCCACUCGCUCUCCCCAAGCCUGUUUCCCAGUCUGCAGAGGUUGGGCACAGCCUGCAGACAGGUCUCCAGGGGUCCUGGCUCCAACAGUCCGAGUCAUCGUGUCAUCGUAAACAACCAAGCACCCCUCCCCGCCCUCAGAAGCAACCCCCAGCACCUGUUCAGCAGGGGCCUCACCAAAGGCCUGGUCAGAAGAAAGCACCUCCAGAACAACUGUUACGUUGAAAUUUAAUAACCUGGGAAGUGGUGUUUUAUUUUACUUAGCCCUGUGGACAACUUCUGCAUUUGCAUCUGUGCGAGCAGGUGAUCAUUCUAUUACCUUUUAUUGGUAGUAAGCUUGGAAGAAUAAUUUAAGUAUAUAAUGGAGAAAUGUAAAUAAGUUUCUAUAUAAAAUUGUUUAAGAUGAACUGAAUGUAUUUAAAGGUCCAUUUAUAUGUUCUUUUACGUAACACAUAGUUGAA